UUUGGACUGACAUUUUGUGCAGCGUGGAGUUGGGAGGGGCUACUGCAAAUAGGGGGCGUUGGGCAGAGUCCCCCUUGCGUGCGUGCGGCUUCGGUGCGUACAUGCGUAAAAGCCGUGCGUAAUUGGGGAUGUGGUCCGCAGUGCCGAGGAAAAAGUUUGUGAAAGGAAAGUUGCCGGGCUGCAUGCUGAAUGAGAGCGACUUCCUUCCUCCGUCGGGGCACUAACAUGGAGUUGAGGGGUUAUAAAUGCGAGAAAAAUAUUUUCUCAAACAAACAAGCCAAUAGACUGCUUGAACGCGCUAGAACUUAAACGGACACAACCGAGGUUCAAACAUGAAGGAGGUUAUAGGACUGUUUGUCGUCGUGUUGACUUCCCUGAUGGGAAGAGCCGACGGGAUAGAGCCGAAUAGCGGAUACUGCAUCGGGAACCAGUGUUUCACUGUGUUCCAAGAUCCCAGCGAUUUCACGACUGCGCAGAAUCAAUGCAAAGAUCAAGGUGGCCACUUAAUGACAAUUCGCUCGUCUGUAUCCCAUGAUAUUCUUUUAAUCUUGUUGGGGAACUUUACGUUGCGGUUCUGGAUCGGUUUGCAUCUACCGACCGGCUGUCCAGACGCAGCUGCUGAUCUGAAAGGUUUCCAGUGGGUGACCAAAGACAGCGAAAGUGACUUCUUCAACUGGGCGCCAAGUUUUGACAGCAGCUGUUCUUCUCAUCGCUGCGUCUCAGUUUCCAAGAAUGACGAGUUUAAAUGGAUCCAGGAACCGUGCGGCGAGCGUGCGGCCGGGUUUCUCUGUGAGUACAGCUUCAGUGAGCCGUGUAAACGUCUAGCGGUUUCAGAUGGCGAGUCUGUCACCUACUGGACCACCUUGGGGUUUGGGGGCGAGGAUGUGCUGUCUUUGCCACCUGGAAGCAUCGCUCUCCGGAGGCCAGCUGAGACUAAAUACGUCUGCUUGUCCGAACAGUGGCAGCAGGCGCCCUGGAGCUGCGACAUACAAAAAGGUGGGUGUGAUUACAAAUGUGCAGUGGACCCCAAACAGGGGCCCUCCUGCUACUGCCCGCCGGGACAAGCCGUCAACCCUGCAAAUAAAGUCACCUGCGUUGUGGCCACAGAAGACCCGUGCCUGCCCCUACGCUGCGCGCACGCGUGCAACAAGAGCGGCGACUCCUACAAGUGCGUGUGUGACCACGGCUUUAAGCUGGCGCAGGACGGCAGGUCGUGCCUGGCCCUCAACGACUGCAUGGACAAGCGCCAAUGUCCCAGGGAGAACUUCGUGUGCGUCAACACCGUCGGCGGGUUUCAGUGCGUUUGCAAGGAUGGAUACACGAUGUUCGGCGGCAUGUGUGUAGACGAGGACGAGUGCAUGUCCGCCCCAUGUGAGCACAUAUGUGACAACACUGCUGGUAGCUACAAGUGCUCUUGUUAUGAGGGAUAUAAAGAGGACCCGAAGUCGCCGAAUAAGUGUACACUCUACUGCGGGGAAGAGGAAUGCGUCGCCGAGUGCGACCCAAAUGACAGUUUCCAGUGCUACUGCCCUGAGGGUUAUGUAUCAGAGGAGAGGGAACACGGUACGUUUUGCAUUGACUUUGACGAGUGCUCUUCCGAUUAUUGUGAUCAGAAUUGUCAAAACACAUUCGGCAGCUAUGUGUGCACAUGCUCUCCAGGAUAUACACUAGUUGGCCAAUUCACGUGCGUAAAAAACGAGGACGGUACGGUCACAGAGGGGACCGGAGCGGCCACGACUCCAAACAUCCCCACAACACCACCUGUGCCAUACCCAGAUCCAACAAGGCAACCCUCUGGGGUGACAGUGGGGGGUCUUGUGGGGAUAAUAGUGUGCACUGCCUUUUUUAUUGUGUUGUUGGUUUUUCUGGCUCAUCACUUCCUCAGCGGCAGAGGGAAGAUGGAGAGCGCCGGGGCGCUCAAAGCUCCGGAGGACGAAGCUUACGAUUUACAGCAAGUGACGAGUGACACUAAAGAGAAACCGCCUCAGAGAGACAUCUAAAGCACGACAUGUGAAUGUACAGGUCAAACCCCGAAAACAUAUCUACAAAGACAGUUUUGGAUAGGUUUUGAAGGGUGUAGAUUUCACAGCUAAACAAUGAGGACAGGGAUGUGGUGCUGCCAUAGGAGAUAAGGUUACUAUAAACUCACAAAACAACAUUAUAUUAUAAAAAUAUUAAAGUUUUCUUCGUGGAAGGAUAUUCACUGCUUUGGAAGACUGCUUUUAUCUACCAUUCAACUCACAUACAACAGAUGCAAUGUAAUAAAAAAAUGACUGAUGAGAA